GUGGCCGGUCGGCGGGUGUCUCGGCUUGGACAAUAUUGAUAUUAUCGUGGUCAGUUUUGUGGCUGGGACUUACGUAGGCAGUGAGCAUGUCCAGCGAGUCCAUCUUGAAGGUGUGCUGCCUGCUGCCUGCCUCGCCCUCUGCUGCUACCUCCUGCUGGGCCCCUCUGCUGUACUGUGCCUCUGCUCCCUGCUACUGCUGUGUGUUGAGACUAUCUAAGUACAACACCGCUGCUUUGUGCACCUCCAAGUGGUUUCUUACAGGUGCAGAUGCUUUUUGUAGGGAUUAGGCACACCCAGGGAGUCAUACUUGAGUGCACCUAGCCAAGGCUAAACCCUGCCACCAGCCACCUGCCUGUCUGCCUGCCUGCUGCCUGCCUCUCCUGCUACCUGUGUCCACCCAGCCUCUCACUCCUUCUCAGCUCACCAUCAAUACCAGGCAGGCUUGUUGUCAGAUAAGUGAGGAUGAGUUCCGACACGCUAACAGUGCCCUCUGAUGUGGCGGUGUAUGACAGCAUCACCAACAUUGCCAUCUGGCUGGAGACGCACAGCCAUGCCGGACCCCAGCAAACCCCAGAGGAGAUUACCGAGGAGGACCUGGCUGUGGCAGUGCCGGGUGAGUGCCUCUUUCCGGAGCUGAGUGCCGAGAACGAGGAUGCUUCUCAUGAGGAGGAGAAAGGCAUCCUGGUGUAUACUGACAGCCAUGAAGAUAAGUACAUUUGGUUGCAGGGUGACUGGCAUCCCAUGGAGCGAAUCCUCAACAUUACCUGCUCAAAGUCUGGCUGGGUCAGGACACCAUGCCUGGGGGAGCGCUUGCUGGUGUUGCUGUUGACACAGCUGGACUACACAGCACGGGAAGAUGAGUCUGAGGUCCCCUAUGGCUGCUGUCCUCUGAGCGACCCGACCUAUCUCCUGUGGCACAUGAACCGGCCAGCUGGGAUGUGCUCCCUCAAGCGUAAGGGCACCAGCAUAUGGGGUGGUGAGGACGUGUAUGCCUGUGACACCCUGGACACCAUGUAUGUGCGGCCCUUUGCACGUCGCCAGGGUUACUCGCUGGCCUUGCUGCACACAUUAACAUCUGAACUGCCCCCAGGGGACCACCUGGGCCUCUCCCACCCUGUCUCCCUCAGCAUGUGUAAAGUGCUGCUGAAGUUCAUUCAGGUUUACCCCGAGCUUCGGGACACCAUGUGGACACUGGAUGAGGAUGGAGAGGUGUCUGGCACGGUAACCCUCAUGCUGGGCUCCCUCAUGAUGCGUGGGGCACUGCAAGGUGCAGGAACCCACAACCCACCCCAGCCCAUGGACGAGGCACAGCAGCCCAUGGAGCAAGCUGACCAGCCCAUGGAGCAAGGACAGCAGCAGAAGCACGGCCGGGACUCCAGCCAAGAGUCAGAGCCUUGUGACACUUCCUAAGGGUCGGUCACAGUUAUUGCUGUAUUUUAAUAACCCUUCUAUUUUUCUAUUCUUCUUUUCUUUCUCUCCAUACUGUCUGUUGUUAUCCUCCUUCUUUUUUUAUGUAGACUAAGGCUUAGAUAGUGAGUAUUUCAAGUAUAUUAUUUAUUUAAUUGACUUUAUGAAUAUAGUGGGACUUGGAGUGUGUUGGUAGAUCUUGUAGUUAUUAAUGGAUAUUCUUGUUAGGAUAACAGUAUAUAAUCCAUGGUUGACUGUAGGGAAUGUGUUGUGUAUGUUGCCAUUGAAAACUUCGGUCAUGGGAGUUUAUACAAAAGAGAAGACAGGAACUGGAAAAAUUGCUAAGUGUAUCAUCAAGCUGAACAGUCUUACAACUGUUGCUUGGCCUCUGUUGUGUGCUGUAGAACAAGCUUAUUUUGUUGUCUGCAGAGGUAAAAUAGACAUUAUCCUCAUAAGUGACAGGCUUACUGAAGGUAUGUGUGUGUGUGUGUGUGUGUGUGUGUGUGUGUGUGUGUGUGUGUGUGUGUGUGUGUGUGUGUGUACUCACAGCUGAUUACAUGCAUCAAGUAUUCCUGUGGAUGUGGAAUAACUUAACUGCUUAUCCAGUUCUUUGAUGCUUUAUUUUUUUCAUUUAAGAGAAAAGUGGAACUUCAGUGAAAAAUUAAAGCCACUUUUGUAAGAAAUAGAUACAUAAUGAGUCACUUGAGGAGCAAGGGCCAUGAGAAACAUAAUAGUUUUCUAGUCUAUGGCUCAGGAUGACAUAUCAGCAAGUUACAAAAUCUUUUUGUAAAAUGCCUCCAUUAGAAGAAAGAUGCUUGGGUCAGCUUUACUUCUGAGCAGCCAUAGUGGUGAGGUCAGCAGCAGCAGCAGCAGCAAGCAUCACAUAAUGUAUCGUUCAAAGAGACUACUUGGACAAAGUAUGAGGAGGAUGAAUGAUGGAUGUGGAAACUACCUGGUCUUCUAAAAAAAAUAUUUGAAAAUUAUUGUGAAUAGAGUUGGUGCUAAUAAUGUUAUGUGAGGCCUUUGACAAGGGUGCUGCACUAGGGAUGAACUUAGUGAUGACUUUGUCUGUCUUGCCUUAAUACUUAAUGCAACUGCAGAAAGUCUUUUCCCACUUAAGAUAUUUUCUUUUGUCAUGAGCCAGUUAUCUUCAUUAUGUAGUAGGUAUGGUCAUGAUUUAGACCUGUAGAUUACAUAUGAAAUGGUGCCACCUUUACUUUGAAAGGUGUUUACAAAACUGCAUGAGAAUUUCUGUAACCUAAGUAGGUAUUCUUAAUUUGUCAUGCAACUGGUAUUGUUUUUGGCCAUAUUCUAUUUUAUCAAUGUUCAAUGAUGAGUUAGCAUUAAUCAGUGAACAUAUCUUGAACAAAUCUUGCAGAAAAAUUUCCUUUCGACAGUGAUGUGCAUGGGAGUUAGUUUUAAACAUCCCUUCAAAUAUCUUGCAAUGGGAGGUGAAUAGUGACAGCAGCAGACACAGAAGGGAGUGGCAGGAGUGGUGGGAGCAGCCUUGAGGUGUGACGUGGGUGGUGAGUCAGAUCAUGUAUAGCUGCAGGAGGGCCACAGCUAGCCAUCAUCACAGAAUGUGGUUAAAAGUAAAAUUAGUAGUAUGUGUUUUUUUUGUGUGUUUUUUUCUCUCUCUGGCAUGUUAUUACCAAUGGUGAGAAUCACACGGGUUGUUGGUGUUGUUCUGUAGGUAGUAAUCCCUUGGUCUCGGACUCAAACUCUAAGUACUGUCGUGGGUUUGGCUUCUCUGUCUCAGUAACCAACAUAUAUGACCUCUGACUGUAUGAAUAAAUUUCUUACAACAUAUUA